GAUUCCCUACAGACCACAGAGACCAGAAUUCCCAUGUUUCUGAGAUCUAUGUUAAAACUUAUCUAUUCAGCUGCAGGACUGAGACCAAUGUACCACUCAGACAGACUAUUCAAAUGAACCCAAACAUGACACAGAAAUCUUCACCUUACAAUGCAAUACAACACUCAGUACCCUUAAUUCAAUUUCCCUGCCCUUAGUUUAACCCUUGUGUGGAAAAACACAAGGAGAGAACCAGAGACAGAGGGUAGAGUUAAGAAUGCAGUUCUGGAAUGUUUUUAGAAACAUUAUCUGUAAACAACUGACCCACACCCAAAGAGUAAUUGUAACUAGAAGGCCAUCUGGGUUUUACAAUGCAAAGAUUCUCUGCCUGCAACUUGGAGCCUUACAAUUGCACUUUGGGUAAAAGUAAGUAAAGCCCUCUAUUUAGGUUUAAUGCUUUAAGAGCAUGAAGAUGUCUGAAACCUGGCUUGGGGUUGGUUACAUUACAGCAGAACUCUUAGCUGAACAGAGCUCUAACAAAUGCUGAUGUGUGUGGCCCUGCUUGGGCAAGUCUGUUCAGAGACCCUGACAGUGUUCCUCAGACUAAUGAUUCAGGAGAGCCAAAUAUAGUCAUAUUCUUGGUAGAUAGGUGUGUGUGUUGCGAAACUGAUCCGGAGGGUGUUGUCAAAUUUUUUCUUCACCUUAUAAAGCAACCUGCCAGCACUUCAGCCUCCAGUGCAUUCAAACUGGUGGGUCUGACUGGUACUCUUGGGGGACACUCAUGCACUAGAAGAUUGGGAUACAAAAUAAGGAAAUAUGAGGUUUCUGACGUUUAGCCUCCUUUGCUUAUUCUUUCAGAGAUGUUCCGCAGAGGGUCAAGAUCUCGGAGGCAAGGCUUUCACCUUCCCAGCGGAGACGGACAACAGCUACGUGAAGCUGCAGCCUGCCGAGAUAUUGGAGCACCUGGGGGCAGUCAGCGUCUGCCUGAGGUACUUCACCGACCUCCCGCAGAACAACAAGGACCAGAGUUUCUUCUCUCUGGCCACACCGGCACACAGCAACGGUUUCCUGCUGGCUAAAUAUGGCCAGAACCGGCACCAGAUGUACAUUGGCGGGGGGAAGCUGGACUUGUGGGGUCUACCAGAUGAGCUGAAUGAGUGGAACUCAUUCUGCGUGACGUGGGAUUCCGAGACGGGCCUGACCCAAAUUUGGCUGAAUGGGAAGCCCAGCUCCAGAAAGGCUGUUUUCAGGGGCGGCUCUCUGGUGGGGCGACCCUUCAUCGUUCUCGGUCAGGAUCAGGAUGAGUACGGUGGCGGGUUGCACAAAAAUGACGCCAUGGUUGGUCAGCUUACGGACGUCCACAUGUGGAACCAUGUCAUCUCCACAUGUGAGAUUGAGAACUUCUCCAAAAACAAGGGCUUUGAGAAGGGGAACGUGAUCAACUGGCAUGAUUUAGAAUUCACCAUCCGUGGAAAUGUGGUUUUGGAGGACCAGAUUACAAGCAAAAGUGACUCACAGAAUUGUUCAGACGGUAUGUCCAUUUAUUAACAUGUCUAUUUGUAUUGAUGUCUGUGCCUUAAACUAAUAUAGUUAUGUGUAUUGCAUGAUGUUUCACCUGGUGCAUGAAAUCCAGAAAACUAGAUAUGUUGAAACAGCUCCACUCAAAGGGACAAGGGGCUUACUAACUGGGGAUGAGCUAAGCCUGAAAAGU